AUGCGGGUGCCUCUGCCCCUUCUCCCUCGGUCACGCCGUGGCCCUGGGCUCCCGUCGCUCCCAUUGCAUCCCGUCCCAACUGCCAACAGCUGCCGUCCCGCCAUCCGUCUCCUGGCUCAGGGCACCUACGCCUUUUCACCUGGCCUUCUCCCUCACCGUCUUCCUCGCUGCCAGCCUCCUCCUUCUCCUCCUCCUCCGGGCCAGACUUGCUCCUGUCGCCAGACACUACCCGACCGCCCGCGGCCUUCUUCGCCUCCUGUCUGUCCAGUGACUGCAUUUCGGCUGCACCUGUCGGUCUCGGGCUACGAGCGCUGCGGCACAAAUAUCCAAGGGAACACCGUCUGGCGCGACCGCCUGUUCCAAAGGCCAAUCUCACUGACAUCUCAUCCAUUCAUCCCUCCAUCUCCUCCGCCUCCACCUCCACCACCACGUCCUGCCCGGCUCCCAUCCCCCAGGGAGGACAAGCUCUGCACCUUGCACCGGCCCAGCUGCGCAGCAGGGAGGACUUUUUUUGUCGAGGCGCCCGCCCGGCACUAUUGCGUGCUCAGUGUUGCAGGACCGGCAGCGUCAAUACGUCAGUGCACGGCUGGUGGCUUUGGGCUGUUCUGCGAGUAA